AUGAUUUGCAUCAUUUGGAAUUGUCAAGGCGCUGCGUCUAAAACUUUUAGACGCACCCUCAAACACUUCUGUAGACUUUACUCACCCGAUUUGGUUUGUCUUCUAGAGCCAAAAGUGUCGGGCGAUCAGGCCAACCGCAUUUGCAUUAGUUUCGGAUUCGAGGAAUGGAUUAGAGUGGAAGCGGUGGGCUUCUCGGGGGGCAUAUGGGUCUUUUGGAACCGGCCGCUAGAGAUUCAGAUUAUGAAAACCCAUCCACAGUUCAUCAACCUGCAGAUCACGGAUGGAAACUCUCCUCCUUGGGUGUUAUCGAUAGUUUACGGUAGUCCCAAUCAAUCUCUCCGAAGGAAGCUAUUCUCUGAGCUUAACUCCAUCGAUUUUCGUCCCCAAACCUGCUGGCUGGCAUGUGGAGACUUCAAUUCAGUUAUAAGCACGGAAGAGGUAAGUAACACAUCAUGUUUUAACUCAUCGAGAUGUUUUGAUUUCAGGAAUUGGAUCUUCCGUGAAGGACUUAUAGACAUGGGCUUCGUUGGAACUAAAUUCACAUGGAUGAGGGGUAUUGAUUCAUCUACAUUCAAAGGAGCUAGACUCGACCGUGCUUUGAGCAACGCAAACUGGAAAACCAGAUUCCCGCAAGCAAUAGUUGAACACCUCCCAAUGAUAAACUCGGACCACUCACCUCUACUGGUCUCAUGCAAUCCUACUCCAGAGGUUUCAGGAACCAGACCCUUCAGAUUCAAUUUAGCUUGGUCUACUCAUGAAGACUUUAUGAAUUUUGUCAGAAGGUCAUGGGCAGAUGACAAACACUUAGAGGAAAACAAGAACGCCAUGGCAAAGGCUCUACCAAUCUGGAAUAGAGACACCUUUGGGAAUGUUUUUCACAGAAAGAAGCGCCUUUUAGCAAGAAUCAAAGGGGUUCAGCAACGUUUAGCAUCCCAAGUUAGAAACGAUUUACUAAGACUAGAGAGAAAACUGAGAAAGGAGCUUCAGACAACUCUAUACCAAGAGGAGCUCAUAUGGUUCCAACGUUCGAGGGAGGAAUGGAUCACGUCUGGAGAUUGCAAUACUAAGUUUUAUCAUACAGCCACCUCAAUAAGGAAAAACAGAGUAAAAAUCAGCUCCCUUCGGGAUUCAGAUGGAGUAUGGAUUUCAGACAAAAACUUAUUGAUCAACCAUGUGCGCACUUAUUUCGAAAGACUCUUCUCAGAUGCUCAUAGCACCAAUCCACAACUACUACCUCAUGGCUUCUUUCCGACACUAACAGCCCAAGAUUGGCAGGAAGUCAAUCGCCCCUUUCGACUUGAAGAAAUUAAGGAAGCACUAUCCGAUAUGAGCUCUUCUAAAGCCCAGGCCCCGAUGGAUUUACUGGUGGAUUUUUCCAGAAAACGUGGGAGAUCACGGGUAUGA